CCUUUCAUGGUAAUGAUUCCUUUGCUGCUUUCUCCUUCUUCUAUAUGAACACUUUUCCCAAGUCCUCACACCAAAACAAAAAACAUUCAGAAGUUUAAAAAAUUGGAAAAAAAAAAAAAAUCAUCACCCACUCCCCGCUUUCUAACCCCCCUCCUCCACCCACCCACCCACCCACCUACACCUGUUUUUAGCCUGCAAAAUUGCAUCUUUCUUUUACCCUCUGCUUAUGUUUAAAAAUCUGUAGCCCUUCUGAAUAGUCUCAGAAAGCUUUCUUGUCUCGGAUCCCAAUAUAUACACACACAGAAUAUAUAUAUAUAAAUAAAUUUUUUCAUUUUUCUCUUCAGUGUGUAUAUAUUUACAAAAAAGGGGUUUGAUUUCUGUGGUCCUAGCAUCCAAAACCCACUUUUUCUUUUUUGUGCUUUCCUUGCAAACCCACCCUUUUGCUCUAUUUCUUGUGAUUUUUGAGGCGAGGAAAUGCAAGAAGAAGGGGUGGGGUUGAUGAGUUCUGGUGGCGGCGGCGGAGGGUUGGGUUUGGGGGAUAUUUCUUCGUCGAUGGCGGCGGCGUGCGGCGAGCAGCAGCGGCGGUUGAAGGCGGAGAUGGCGACACACCCGCUUUACGAGCAGUUGUUGGCGGCCCACGUGGCAUGCCUCCGUGUGGCCACGCCGAUUGAUCAGCUCCCCCUUAUUGAUGCUCAGCUCUCUCACUCUCAUCAUCUCUUGCGCUCUUACGCUUCUAAUCACUCGCCCUCUCUCUCCCCCCAUGAAAGACAAGAGCUUGACAACUUCUUGGCACAGUACUUGUUAGUUUUAUGUUCAUUUAAAGAGCAGCUUCAGCAACAUGUCAGAGUCCAUGCUGUAGAAGCAGUGAUGGCCUGCCGUGAAAUUGAGCAGAACUUGCAAGCUCUGACUGGAGCAAGUCUUGGUGAAGGAACAGGUGCAACAAUGUCAGAUGAUGAAGAUGAGCUAGCACUGCAGAUGGAUUUCUCUUUGGAUCAAUCUGCAGGAGGUGAUGGGGGGCAUGACUUGAUGGGAUUUGGUCCAUUGCUCCCCACUGAAUCUGAAAGGUCUCUAAUGGAGAGGGUUCGACAGGAACUCAAGAUUGAGUUAAAACAGGGAUUCAGAUCAAGAAUUGAAGAUGUGAGGGAGGAGAUAUUAAGAAAGAGAAGGGCAGGGAAAUUGCCCGGUGACACUACCACUGUUCUCAAGAACUGGUGGCAGCAACACUCCAAGUGGCCAUAUCCAACUGAAGAUGACAAGGCAAAGCUAGUGGAGGAGACAGGGUUGCAGCUGAAGCAAAUAAACAACUGGUUCAUCAACCAAAGGAAGCGCAACUGGCACAGCAAUUCCCAGUCAGUCACAUCUCUCAAGUCCAAGCGCAAGAGAUAAUAAUAAUAAUAAUAACAUCCAUUUCAUUUCUUCCCAUCCAAACCAAACCAUAGAUUGAUUCAUAAUAUAGAUGAUGAUGAUGAUGAUAUUGAUGAUCUUAAAUUAGAUAGCAGCGCAGCUUAGCUUGCAAGCCUGAUAUGUGGAUAUAUAGUCUUCGAUUCUGGCAUGGAAACCACUAUAUUAAUUGGAUAACGUACUUUACUACUCAUCAAGAUUAGGUAAGAAUUGAAGCAAUGUGUACUUUAAUUUUGUAUGUGGUGCUUAGUAGAAUAGAAUGGGUUUGAUUGAUUUCUCUAUGGACACUCAACUCUAGCUAACACCACUCUUCUCAGAGCUUUCCCUCUUACCAUAUGCCAAAUCAUUAUAUUCUAUUUUGUGGUAAGAGGGAGGAAUUGAAUAUACUAUACACUGAUCCAGUAAAUGUAAUCACUUUAUACUGCUAACUUUGUGCUUUUUGGAGUUGUGGUAUACAAAUAUAUGUGAAAUUGGGUAA